AUGUCAACGUUCCGCGACGACGAUCCUACGGCCAAGAAUUACGACACGUUCCGGGACUGCCUCGCCUCCGCCAUCCUCCCGCGUCUAGCCGCUCCUUCCGCGAAGCCGCGUGGACGCCGGGCCCGUCAGCGACCCCGCCGCCGGCAAAAGGAGCGAUCCACUGCUACCGCCCCGACAGUGUCCGGGGUCGGCCAAAGCACCGCAGCCGAAGACCUAGCCGAAUUCAUCGACUACGUCGCCACCGAAACCUUUGCCUCCCUCCCCGAAGAACUCCGCACCCUCACCUACCACACCUGGACCACCUCCUCCUCCUCCUCUUCCUCCCAAACCCCCUCGAAUCCGAAUACCCCUCCCCUCACCGGCCAAGACACAGCCGACCGCAUCCUCCCUUCCCUGGACCCCUCGGUCGAAUCCUCCCUCUCCACCUACGGCGUCGCGCCCCCGCCGCAGACCCCGCACGAGUUCCUCGCCCCCGUGGUGACGGCCUACCUGCGCGCCGUGGGCGCCACCCCGCCCCCGGCCCCGCGCACCACCAAGGCCGACGCCGCCGGCUGCGAAAUGUGCGGCCGCGACUGGGUCGUCCGCCGCGGCUGGCACCCCAAGGAGAGCCUCGAAAACGUCGCGUGGCUGUGCGGCGCCUGCCACCGCUUCGUGCACGCCUUUGCCGGCCACGAGGAGCUCGCGCGCGAGUACUAUACCGUCGAGAGGCUCAUGGCGCAGGAUAAGGUGAGGGAGUGGGCGGAGUGGGCGGGGAAGUUGAGGUGGAAGAAGAGGUGA